CUCCUCAGCCCCCUUCUGUGGAGCCUAAGUCAGAGCCCAGUCCUGCACUCUGCCUAGCCCAGCCAUGGCUCAUCUUAUUCAUGGCAGAGCAGGGACCCUUACCCUCUCCUAGCAAUGUCUAAAGCCAGAUUAUCUAUAAAUGCAGUCAUCUGAAAACCAGCAGUAAUCCUGCCUCGGAAGUUGAUCAGGAAAGGAGCUUAAAGAGAGCAAAAUUCCAAAUUCAUUGGAACUCUCAGUCCCAGAGGGGUGUGGUUCACAGCUCUCUGGCUUGUAGGACUCCAGCUGUGACCCACGGAAGGACACCAGAAGCCACUCAAGACAUCCACAGUGCCCUGGUCAGCACUAGCCAUGACGAAGACUUUUACAUGCAUAUACCACUUCCUUGUUCUGAGCUGGUAUAUUUUCCUCAAUUAUUACAUCGCACAGGAUGAAACAGACGAAGUGAAAUCCAAAAUCUUUGCAAAUGGUGGCAAGUGGAAAUACAUGACGCUGCUUAAUAUGCUUUUGCAGACCAUUUUCUACGGGGUCGCCUGCCUGGAUGAUGUGCUGAAAAGAAUCAUCGGGAGAAAAGACAUGACGUUCCUAACUGCCUUCAGAGACCUGCUUUUCACCACACUGGCUUUUCCUAUGUCCACAUUUGUAUUUUUGGCAUUCUGGAUCCUUUUUCUCUACAAUCGAGAUCUUGUUUACCCCAAGGCCCUAGAUACUGUUUUCCCAGUGUGGCUGAAUCAUGCAAUGCACACUUCCAUAUUGCCCAUCACAUUGACUGAAGUCAUCCUCAGGCCGUACUCCUAUCCGUCAAAGAAGACAGGACUCACCUUGCUGGCUGCUGGCAGCAUUGCUUACGUCAGCAGGAUCCUAUGGAUCUACUUUGAGACGGGUACCUGGGUGUAUCCUCUGCUUGCCAAACUCAGCCCCGUGGGGCUAGCAGCUUUCUUCUCUCUCAGCUACAUCUUCGUCGCCAGCAUCUACCUACUCGGAGAGAAGCUCAACCACUGGAAAUGGGGUGACAUGGUGCAGCCACGGAAGAAGAGGAAGUGAUCGCACACCAUUUUCCCAGAACCAAGGAGGAAGAAAACACAAGAGAUUUUUCUCAUCUUUUUUUUUUUUUUCUGGUGGGGAGAGGUGGUGGAGCAACAUAGGAAGGUAGGAGUGACAGGGAGUGAUAAUUAAAUUUCAUAUGAGAGUCGUGAAGGUAGCUUAACUUGAGAACUCUUGGUUUAUGAAAAGUUGACUACACAUGCCAAAAACAACUCCUGCCAUCUCAGAAUUAAUUACCUUUGUCUGACUUUCAUGGAGGAUGGUCUCUGGUUAAAAUCUAGGCAAAAGCCAAAAAACCUCACAUAAACUUGGUGUUAGAGAACAUCUAGAGAGAGAUAAAGGGGAACUUAAACCCUUCGGUUUACAGAGGAGGAUGCUGAGGAUGUAGAUGAGAAGUUACCUAUACAAGGCAAAAGGGCUACUUAGCGUCAGAGCCAGGACAACGACUUCUGUCUCCCAGAUCUCCUAGCUACCAGUCCUGGGCCAUUUUUUUUUUAAUAAUCCCAGCUUUUCUUUAAAAAACAGGCAUUUCAGUAAGCUGAUUAUUUUCAUGGAUUGCUCAUCUAUUUUUUUUCAAUAAUCUAAAAAUGAAGGGAGGUGGCUGGUACUGAAGCUGUCUACUUGAGAUAAUAGCAAAUUAAUUGGAGGCAAUGAGAAAGUAAGUUAUAAAAAAUAGUGGGAAAUGUGUUUCUCUUCUGAGCAAGCAUUCAGGGCAGGUAUAAACAUCCAACAUAGUGACAUUGUCAAAACCUCUUCCAUUUGAACAUUAAUUAAUUCAUCAAAUAAAUGGUGUAUUAAUACAUUCUACUUGCAGAAGAA